AUGGCAGCAACAACCUCAUCAUCAUCUUCUGCAAGGACUGGCUAUGCUCUGUUUUUGCAUCGUGCCGAGUUGCAACGUCGCUGCACUCAUUUCGCCAAAGUCUCCCAAACGAAGAUUCAGUUAACUGGCCAACUGAUUGCCAGGGUGAAGCAACGCAUGGCAACCUGCAGCUACGAGGAUCUGCAGAUCAUGGUACGGGAACAGGAGUUCAAGCGUCGGCUCGAGAAGAAGCUCAAGCAUCGCGCAAAGCAGCUACAAAUAUUGCAAAAACAAGCCGGCAAACUGAAGCGACUACAAUAA